AUAUUAUAUAAUAUAGAACCAACAUCUGGUUUGGAUAGUACAUCAGCUGUAGCAUUGGUUGAAGUUCUUCGUGAAUUAGCAAUGGCAGGUAAAACAGUUAUCACAUCUAUCCAUCAGCCAUCAUCACAAAUAUUUCAAUCAUUUGAUCAACUUAUAUUAUUAGCUGAUGGAAAAACUAUUUUUAUGGGUAAACCAUCAAAUGCUCUUGCUUACUUUGGAACUAUGGGUCAUCAAUCACCUGCACAAUAUAAUCCAGCAGAUUAUGUGAUGGAUCUUGUCAAUCAAGAUAUGAAGAUUCGUGAAGAACUAAAAGAAGCAUAUCUUCAGAAUCGGACGAUUGAAGGUCAACCACGACCAUCAAACAUUGGAACUCAAUAUUUAGUAGCUGAACCAUCUGGAAAAGAAUCAGAUUUGACAAAUCCAGAUAAUGUAAAUUUGAUUCCAGAUAAACAUGAAGGAAAAUGGCCAAUAGGAUUUCUUGCACAAAUGUUAAUUCUUUUCUCACGUAGUUUUCGAUUAACUGGAAAAGCUCAAUUCACAAUUCUUAAUUUUGCACAAGCACUAAGUCUUGCUGUCGUCUGUGGUCUAUGUUGGUUACAAAUGGAUUAUAAUGAAAGUACAAUACCUGAUCGAUCAUCAUUCAUGUUUUUUCUGAUGACUUUCUGGCCUUUACAAACAUUAAUGAUGGGUUUAUUAUCGUUUCCAUUUGAACGUGGUGUUAUCGAGAAAGAACGAGCUAGUGGAUCAUUUCGUUUAUCAGCUUAUUUUGUUGCCAAAUCACUUUCUGAAGCACCAUUAAAACUAGUUUUACCAACAUUAUUUUUAAUAAUUGCUUAUUGGAUGGCCAGAGUUAAUAAUAGUUUUCCAAUCUUUCUUGCCAUUUUAGUAUUUCAGCUCUUAUCAAUUCUUGUGGCUGAAUCACUUGGUCUUUUAUUAGGUGCUGCAUUUAAAAAUCUUCAUCAUGCAAUCACAGUGGCGACAGUAACACUUAUGACUUUCAUGUUAGUUGGAGGAUUUUUUGUCCGUAGUCUUCCACAUUGGUUAGGUGUAUGGGGCAAAUGGUUAUCAUUUUUCAAAUAUUCUUAUAAUGCAUGUCUUCAAUUGGAAUUUAAAGGUGGACAAAUAUAUAAAUGUGUCGAUGGAUCUUAUGUAGCUUCUUGUAUAAAUAAUCCAAAUGGAACAUUUGUUAGUCAUGAAGCAUUACAAUAUUUCGAUUAUGGCAUUGGUAUCGGUUGGAAUUUUUUAGUUCUUUUUGGCAUGUUUGUAGUGUUUCGUACAGCUGCAUA